AUGUCAGCAAGCGGAUGGGUUCGUCUGAGCGGCCGACUGAUUGUCGCAACAACCUGCCGAGGGCAAAGUCGCAGGUACUUUGCAUGGCGAGGGACCGCAACUUGGUGCCAAGAACAAGUCCAUGAUAUCAAGACCUCUGGCAACUUUGACUUUGGCGGACGCAUUUUCAUGCGCGCCCUAAGAUUUCCCUGGCAAAGUCUAGAAGUCAUCACGGGAUUUCCUUGGGGUUCAGCAAGAGUGUUCUGGGAAGCCUAUGAUUCACUUGUCAUCAUUGACAGUGGCCCCGAGACGUUAUGCGAUGGAGAAAUACGGGUCGAUGGAGAAUAG